GUGAAAAACCUUCGGCUCACUCCACUUGACCCAAAAAAUCUUCGUAUUAAAACUUCUGCCCUAAAUUUUGUAUUUUCUCUAUUUCUCUCUUUACAAAAAAACAUUUUAUCCGCUACAACUUGCUGCUUCAAAAAACUACUUCUGCAAGAACGAUCAUCAAAAAAGUAUACUUACUGUGGUCCAUACGACAAAAAUCCAACAACAACUUUCUAGUGUACACUGGUACAUACAUUAUCCCGGACGUAUAGAUUUAUCGUUGGUUCAUUUUAGCCGACGACCCCGAGUAAAUCGAAGAGUUUGAAGUCUAUUUCUUGCAUUGACUUCUAAUCGACGUCCAGUGUCGUUUUCUUCCAAAAAAUAUCUUUUACCUCAUUCGUCCAGUAGUUAAAGAU